CUUUUUUGGUUUACACAAAAGAUAAAAGAGAAUACACGUUUACUAUACCUUAUAUAUUUAUUUUAAAAAAAUAGCUAAGUGAAUAUCUUUCAACGCAUAGACAUUCUUGUAUCAAUAUGGGACUACAAAUAGGUCGGCCAUGGAGGCAACCAGAUCAAGACUUCAAAUGGCAAAAAGAAACAGCAGAUCAACUUCUCGAGGAGAUAAAUGAAAUAAGACCAACAGCAGAGUCCGGUCUCAACAAUUUUAAUGCUCUUGUACUUGGCAUUCGUGGACAUGGGAAGUCCGCACUAAUUAAUUCAUUUGCCUCAAUUGGUGUUGGCCGGAAAACUACCGUUUGUAAUGCUGCUCCGAAGAUAGAUAGUGUUACCACACAUUACAGAACGUACCAGUUUCUUGGUAAUUUGGAUCAGUGUGUUUUAGGGGAUACGACUGGGUUCAUUUUGUCAACUGACAUUAAGCCAUUCCUAGAUGACAUAAAACUUAUUCUAAAAGGACAUGUCAAAUCAGGAUAUAAGUUUGAUCCGGACAAAAGUAUAUCUCCUGAAGACGAGUAUUAUGAACCAACGCCUGGGCUUUCGGAUAAGAUGCACUGUGUAAUAAUUGUCUCUGAGUGUGGACAGUCAUAUGAGCUGCAUGCGAGUAUGACAGUUAAUAUCAAAUCGAUCAUGGAUACAAUACAUUCAUUGAAUAUUCCUGUGAUGGCUGUUCUAACAAAGGCGGAUAUACUUUCAGAGAAAGUUAAAUUUAGUAUCGAUGCAAUUUUCCGAUGUAAGAUAAUAGAAAAGGCUGUUGACCUCACAGCAAAGCAGCUAGCUAUUCCAGUAUCAAAAGUGUUUCCUGUUGUCAAUUUUGAGCAAAGGGAUCAUUUUACUUGGAAGGAAUCGAUUCCCGUAUUGAUUGCCCUGAAAUCCUAUCUUCAAAUGGCUCAACUGCAUUCACACAAUGCUGAUGGGGUGGUACAUCAAUAAGGUGAAAAUGAUUACAUGAACAUCUCAAAGCGUUAUAAUAUGUUUUACAAUUCCUGCACAAAUGACAGUCAUUGCAAUUUAAUAUGUAUACAUGCAUUUGUUAAAAUUAUGGAUUGUACAAGGAACUGAAUGAAAAUACAAUGUGAACUUAAAAACUCGUACCAAGUAUCUAGUUAUGGAAACUUAUUUUGCCGUGAAUAAAAAUGUCAUAAAUGUAUGUAAAUAUAGUAGCAAUUAAAAUGUUUGCCUUUU